AGUUUCUUCGGCGCACUGCUUUCUUACUAUAACAAUUCAGGAGAGCGAAGGAGGAGCUGUCAAAGUUCCAGCUUUGAGGAGAGAAAAAGUACCACUGCAGACGCCUACCGCAACUUAACAAUUUUUCCUGACAGUUUUCGUCCCACAAUUUUAGGGGAAAUAGCUUGGAUUCACCGCAGAAUCUUUGGCAGCACAAGUAUGGAAUAAAAGUCUUUCCAUCUGGAGAGAGGAUGAAGAACGCAAGAAAAACUAUGGCAAUGCAAGCUGAAUUUGGAAUCGUCUUUGCCUGCUUGAUUGCCUUGGGUGGCUGUGUUUUGCCGGAAAAGAAAGUGUGCCAGGGCAUCACCAACCGGCUGACCCUCCUGGGGACGCGAGAGGACCACUACAGGAACCUGGUGAGGGUGUACAGCAACUGCACGGUGGUGCUGGAGAACCUUGAGAUCACCUACACCGAGGAGCACCAUGACCUGUCCUUCCUCAGGACAAUUCAGGAGGUGGGUGGCUACGUGCUGAUCGCUCUCAACAAGGUGGACACCAUCCCUCUGGAGAACCUGCGCAUCAUCCGAGGCCACACCCUCUACGAAAACAAGUAUGCCCUGGCUGUCCUUUCCAACUAUGACAAUGAUGGCAAGAACCGGAACUUCACCAAGGGAGUGAGAUCACUGCCAUUAAGGAGCCUGACAGAAAUCCUUAAAGGGGGUGUGAAAUUCCUGAACAACCAUCUGAUGUGCAAUGUGGAGACAAUACAGUGGUUUGAUAUUGUGAACAAGAACCAAAAUCCCCCCAUGACAUAUCCUCUAGCCAGUACAGGCCAGCACUGUAAAAAAUGUGACCCAGGUUGUUUCAACGGAUCCUGUUGGGCUCCAGGCCCUGAAAACUGCCAAACCUUGACCAAGCUGAACUGCGCAGAGCAGUGCUCCCAGAGGUGCAAGGGACCCAAACCCAUCGACUGCUGCAACGAGCACUGCGCGGCGGGCUGCACCGGGCCCCGCCCCACCGACUGCCUGGCCUGCCGGGCCUUCCAGGACGAGGGGACGUGUAAGGACGCCUGCCCGCGCCUCAUGCUCUACGACCCCAACACCCACCAGCUGGCCGUCAACCCGGACGGGAAGUACAGCUUCGGGGCCACCUGCGUCAAGAGUUGCCCACAUAAUUAUGUGGUGACUGACCACGGUGCAUGUGUUCGGACCUGCAGCGCAAACACGUAUGAGGUGGAUGAGAACGGGGUCAGGAAGUGCAAGAAGUGUGAUGGCCCAUGCCCAAAAGCUUGCAGCGGACUAGGGAUGGGAAAGCUUGUUGGUGUCCUGUCAAUCAAUGCCUCCAACAUCGACUCCUUCAGGAACUGCACAAAAAUCAAUGGAGAUGUUUCCAUCAUUCGCACCACCUUUAAGGGUGACAGAUUCACUAAUACAUCCAAGCUAGACCCGUCAAAGCUGGAAAUUUUUAAAACAGUUAAAGAAAUAUCAGGGUAUCUGCUGAUACAGGCCUGGCCAGAAAACCUGACCUCCCUCAGCCCAUUUGAAAACCUGGAAAUCAUCCGUGGAAGGACCAAACAGCUAGGCACUGUGAGCUUCGCCGCCACCAACAUUCCUAUCACCCACCUGGGCCUGCGGUCACUGAAGGAGGUCAGCGACGGUGACGUGAUCAUCAGGGGCAACCGCAACCUGUGUUACACCAAUCAGGAGCACUGGAAGAAGCUGUUCAGGUCCGAGAAACAGAACGCUCGAGUGGAGAAUAACGCCAAUGCUGUCGCCUGCGCCCAGCAGAACAGCACCUGCGACGAGAUGUGCGGGGCAGAUGGCUGCUGGGGUCCUGGCCCCACCAUGUGCCUGUCGUGCCUGCACUUCAACCGUAGGGGGCGCUGCGUGGGCUCCUGUAACUUAUUGGAGGGUGAUCCACGAGAGUUUGAGGUGGACAAGACAUGUCAGGAAUGCGACCCAGAAUGCCUUCCCCAAAAUGGAACCCAGACUUGUAGUGGACCAGGUCCUGAUAAGUGUGUGGAGUGUGCCCACUUCAAAGAUGGCCCCCACUGUGUCCCCAAGUGCCCUCACGGGGUCCCGGGCGAGGGCGACACCUACAUCUGGAAGUACGCUGACAAGAUGAGGGAGUGCCAGCCGUGCCACGAGAACUGCACGCAAGGAUGCACUGGCCCUGGCUUUGAAGGAUGUGACACUAAAAGGAGCUCCAAUCUGUCCUCGAUUGCGGCGGGCGUGGUGGGCGGCCUGCUGGGCUUCGUAAUUGUCGCCCUGGCCAUCUUCGUCCUGCUGCGCAGGCGCCAUAUCAAGAGGAAGAGGACUCUGCGGAGACUGCUGCAGGAGAGAGAGUUAGUUGAACCCCUAACCCCUAGUGGAGAGGCGCCCAACCAGGCACUUCUACGGAUCCUGAAGGAGACUGAGUUCAAGAAGAUCAAGGUUCUGGGAUCUGGGGCAUUUGGCACUGUCUACAAGGGACUAUGGGUUCCAGAAGGGGAGGAUGUGAAGAUUCCAGUGGCUAUCAAGGUUUUGAGAGAGGCUACAUCACCUAAAGCCAACAAGGAGAUCUUGGAUGAGGCGUACGUGAUGGCCAGUGUGGACAACCCGCACGUGUGCCGCCUGCUGGGCAUCUGCCUGACCUCCACCGUGCAACUCAUCACCCAGCUCAUGCCCCACGGCUGCCUGCUGGACUACGUCAAGGAGAACAAGGACAACAUUGGCUCCCAGUACCUGCUCAACUGGUGUGUGCAGAUAGCUAAGGGGAUGAGCUACCUGGAGGAUCGUCACCUGGUCCAUCGUGACUUGGCAGCCAGGAACGUGCUGGUCAAGACCCCCCAGCACGUCAAGAUCACUGACUUUGGCCUGGCCAAGCUCCUCAAUUCCGACGAGAAAGAGUACCAUGCCGACGGGGGAAAGGUGCCAAUCAAAUGGAUGGCCCUGGAGUCCAUCCUGCACCGGACGUACACUCACCAGAGCGACGUGUGGAGCUAUGGUGUGACAGUGUGGGAGCUGAUGACAUUCGGGACGAAGCCAUACGAUGGCAUCCCGGCCAGCGAGAUCGCCGGGGUCCUGGAGAAGGGGGAGCGGCUUCCCCAGCCACCCAUAUGCACCAUAGACGUCUACAUGAUCAUGGUCAAAUGCUGGAUGAUUGACGCGGACAGCAGGCCCCGGUUCCGCGAGCUCGUCGCCGAGUUCACCAAGAUGGCCCGAGAUCCACAGCGUUACCUGGUCAUUCAGGGUGACGAAAGGAUGCAUCUUCCCAGUCCCACUGACUCCAAAUUCUACCGCACCCUGAUCAACGACGAAGACAUGGCCGACGCAGUAGAUGCGGACGAGUACCUGGUCCCCUACCACGGAUUCUUCAGCAGUCCCAGCACGUCCCGCACACAGCUCCUCCACUCCACGAGUUUGAACAGCAGCAUAGGAGCCUGCCAAACCAGGAAUGGGAACGGCUUCCCGAUGAGGGAGAAUAGUGUGAUUCUACGCUACAUCCCCGACCCAACUGAGAGGUUCUUGGAAUCAGACUUCCAGCCUGCUCCAGACUACGUGAACCAGAAUGGGAACUGUGCGUCUGCAUCAAACUCCAUGUACCAGCGUCCCGCGCCCCCUCGCUUCGCCCUCCCCACGGUGGCGUCCGACGAGACGGAGACGGAGUACCUCAACUGCUUCAAGAACUCGUCGGAAGGGCCCGAGUACCUCAACACGACCCAGCCCGGCCUCCCUGAGCUCGACCUGAAUGGCCCCCGCCACUGCGGCCAGAAGCUCGGCCCCCAGACCAGCCUGGACAACCCCGACUACCAGCAGGAGUUCACCCCGCCGGUCAAGUCCCGGGCCAAUGGGCACCUACCAGCCGCUGAGAAUGUGGAGUACCUGGGCCUUGCCGUGCAGGCAGAGGUCCACUAGCGGUCUGCCUCCCUGGGGGAGCCCACGAUGUGAGACGGAGGGAUUUUGGAGGGGUACCCUGAACUGCUUUGGCCACUGUUUGCCCCCACUUCAUGGGCUGGGAAGGGUACUGUGUCAGUGACUAGAAAGUCAUCUCGGACUUCGAAUCCCGUUUCCUGGUUUGUUUUGUAACGUCCCCAGAGCAUCUGUCCCCCAUCCCCAAACCUAGAAUGAAACCCUCUAGAGAUGUCAGAUGUACUUCAGAACAGGCCUUGGCUCCCUUGAUUUCAAGCAGUGGCUAAGACAUAGUCUUCAGCCCAGUAUUGCUAGAUGACUGUGGGGCAUCGAAGCUCUGAUGCAAAGGAUGCACUGAUCAGAUUGUACAAGGGAUGAAAUUUUUGUCCUCUACUCACAAGUUUCGCAGACACAGCAACACUCAUUCUGACUCAACUGUGAGGUCUCAGCAAUGAUCCCUCAGCAGUGUCCAGGUCAAAGACGGGGCUGUCCCAAUGUUGACUUUUUGCCACAGAAUGUGAAUGUCCAGAACAUUAUGGAAAGCCAGGCUUGCCCUAAGGAAACCCUGAACUGAGAGGCUUGAUGUGAAAAAAAGACUGUAUAGAGCUUCUGUUCUUGGACUUUGUUGCAGAAGCCUGCUUUUAGGUACCCUUUUGAAGACAAGCGUGCAGUAACACUGUUUUAUCAAUGGACAAAAUAUGCUCAAAGCCCUCCUGGCCAACAAAACAUGCAGAGUAUAUAUAUAAGAACUGAAAGACGUCUUUGGUAUUAGUAGCAAACGGUACAAUGGCAUCUAUACUUGGAAACCUCUAUGUGCUGUGAUGUUUGAUGUUUUAAAAUAUGUACAGGGUCUCUUGAUUCGUGUUUAUGUUUUUCUGUUCUGAGACCAAAACUCUUGGUACAUUACGAGAAAUAUUAGGCAUUGAAAUUUUUGGUCGACCCAGUCUGUGCUUAGGUCUCAUCCUUCCUCUGUUUAGGAAAAAUAUCAUUUUCACUUAUUGUGGGCACGUUAGGACAAUUUUGAGGCAGACACUCAGAGGACUGGCAAGAGAGGCAGUGUCAGAAGAGAAAAGGAUCAUGGGUACAGACACAGAAAAAUAUGGGAUAUAUUGUAAAUAUGUAAGGCUCAUAUAUCAUCUAAGAGGUAAUUUGACUCAUAAUUCUUCAAAAUAAACUUUGUUUUGUCUGCUUUUCUCUUCAACAAGUAGCUACAAUGUGA